AUCUAGAGAACGAAUAUUAUCAGCGAUAAUUUAGGCAGAGAGAGAGAGAGAAAUACAUACCAUGGGAGGCAACAGCUCAAGGCCAUGGACUGAGCUCAGCGGCGAGACCAACUGGAAGGACAUGUUGGAUCCUCUCGACGAGGAUCUCCGGAUGUACCUCAUACACUACGGAGAACGAGUCCAAGCCAUCGGCGACGUGUACAACGGCCAGACGGAGUCGGAGGGCUACGGCCUGCCCCUGUUCCCGAUGGACAAGCUCUUCUCUGAAGUGGGUCUCGAGACGGCCAACAACCCGUUCAGGUACGAGGUGACCCAGUACUUCUACGUGCUGUCCAAGGUGCUCAAUUACCCGCCGGAGGAUCCAGACCAGUCUUGGAUCGGGUAUGUCGCGGUGAGCACCGACGAGGGGACCAAGAAUUUAGGGAGAAGGGAUAUUUUGGUCGCUUGGAGAGGAACAGCGGAUCUCCUGGAGUCCUGGGCAGAUAUUCAAGAUGAUUUGGUCCCGGCAACUGACAUUUUCCAGGAUGACACCGAUACUAAGAUUCACUCUGGCUUUUACGCUUUGUAUACAAAGAACUAUAUUUUAAAUCCGUACACAAAGCUUAGUACCAGAGACCAGGUUCUAAGGGAGGUCCGGAAGCAAGUGGAUUACUAUGCCAGCAAAAAUGAGACCAUCAGCAUAACAGUGGUCGGCCACAGCCUAGGCGCGGCUUUGGCAACGAUCAAUGCGCUGGACAUCGUGACCAAUGGCUACAACGUGCCCACCGGCCACCCCGAGAAAGCCUGUCUGGUGACUGCAUUCCCCUUCGCCAGCCCCAAGGUCGGGGACGAGAACUUCCGAAAGAAGUUCUUGUCGUUCGAGAAGCUCCGCGCCCUUCGCGUGACCAACGCCAUUGAUAUCGUUCCCUUCCUCCCUCCAAUCAGAUAUUACCACGUCGGAGAACAGCUGAUGGUCGACUCGCGCAAGUCCCCGUACCUGAGGCCUCUCAAAAGCGGUCUGACCGGUGCCGUGGCAACCGGGCAUAUGUUGGAGACAUACCUGCACUUAGUCGCGGGGACACAAGGGAUCGAUAGCGAGAAAUUCAACCUCGGUAGCCGACGCGGGAUUGCGCUGGUGAACAAGGGAUGGGAUGCUCUGAAUGAUGACUGCAAAAUUCCGGCGCAGUGGUGGGUGGCCAAGAACAAGAACAUGGUCCAGAAUGGGAACGAUGGAAGCUGGAGCUUGGCCGAUGCGUACAUCCCACCUCCACCAGAAGAUGAUCAGAACGAAUAGUCCCAAGUCUCAACAUAUAAAUAUAAUUGUGUGAUCAGCUAUCACCAAUAAGUUUGCUGCUUUAUGACUUAGCAGUACAAUAAUAAAGGUUCCUGGUGCAAAAGUGGAGUGGUGUGAUUGAGUUGUGCUAGUGGUAUUAAGUUAUGCGUCUGUUCUUGUGUUUACUUUAAUGUCGUGAAAUAAAUAUGGUCUUGAAACAAUAAUAGAGAUUGCUUCAGUUUUAUUU